UUCGCUCUCAACUGAGCGGUUGAGUUUGUGAGGCGUGCGCACUGGAAAGGAAGUCAAGUCGUGCUGGACCGGACUGACGCGCCAAAUCCUCGCAACUCAAACAAGAGCAUCAUUUUCAAAUAAGAAAUCAUGUCAACGCGUGACGAUGACAUGUACUCUCUCGCGUAGAUGACCACGGAAUUGGACAUUUGUAUUUUUGAAUUGUACUACAAGGCAUGGAUUUUCCUUGGACGUGCUUCUUUCUGUGUUGUUACAGCGUAUGCAGUGUUUGGAGCACACAGCACACUGAGAGCAGUAUCUAUUUGGAUAACAUCACUCGCAUAUUGGAUAGAUUACUGGACGGUUAUGACAACAGGCUGCGACCUGGAUUUGGAGGUCCAGUGACAGAAGUCAAAACGGACAUCUUUGUCACCAGCUUUGGACCAGUUUCAGAUGUCGAAAUGGAAUACACUAUGGACGUGUUCUUCCGGCAAACGUGGAUCGACGAGCGCUUGAAAUUUGAGGGCCCUAUUGAAAUACUGCGGCUCAACAACCUCAUGGUCAGCAAAAUCUGGACGCCGGACACAUUUUUCCGCAACGGCAAGAGGUCGAUCUCUCACAACAUGACCACCCCCAACAAGCUGUUUCGCAUCAUGCAGAACGGAACCAUCCUUUACACCAUGAGAUUAACUAUAAACGCAGAGUGUCCCAUGCGUCUGAUGAACUUCCCGAUGGAUGGACACGCUUGCCCACUCAAGUUUGGGAGCUAUGCUUACCCUGUCAGUGAGAUCAUGUACACGUGGAAGAAAGGUCCUCUUUCUUCUGUUGAGGUGCCACAGGAGUCAUCCAGUCUGUUGCAGUACGACCUCAUCGGUCAGCGAGUGUCAAGUGAAAGGCUGAAGUCCAAUACAGGGGAGUACGUCAUAAUGACUGUCCACUUCCAUCUGCAAAGAAAAAUGGGCUUUUUCCUGAUUCAGACGUACAUACCCUGUAUCAUGACGGUGAUCUUGGCUCAAGUCUCUUUCUGGAUUAACAAGGAAUCAGUUCCAGCUCGGACAGUGUUUGGUAUCACCACCGUGCUGACCAUGACCACGCUCAGCAUCAGUGCCCGUCACUCUCUCCCCAAAGUAUCCUACGCCACAGCCAUGGAUUGGUUCAUUGCCGUUUGCUUCGCCUUUGUCUUCUCGGCGCUCAUCGAGUUCGCGGCCGUCAACUACUUUUCUACGCUUCAAGCUAACCGGGAGCUUCGCAAGGCGGCAGCCAUGAAGACGGCGGCUCAAGAGGCCGCAGCUGCAGCUGCCACCCCAGCUGUUAACACAGGAAAUGAUGGAGAGGUCUCCUCAGCAGAUGCGAGCAACGUGUUGAAGAAGAGGAUGAAUUCGGCGCCCCUCUUUGACCGCCCGGCCAAAACCUUCCCCAAUCCGCCCGUCAGCGCCCAGGCCUUUCUGCAGCAAGGCUCAGCCAUGCCAGCCAACAACGUCUUGACGGGCACGAGCAUUAUCGACAAAUACUCUCGCAUCCUCUUCCCGCUUUCCUUCGGCGCCUUCAACCUGGUCUACUGGAUUGUGUACCUCACCAAGGACACCAUGGAGAUGACCAGGGACACCGUCUGAACCUGGAGUACGCGGUCAUCAAACAGAUGCAACUGCAUAGACACACACAUAUACACACGCAAGUGUGGAGCCCAAAUAUAACGUUGGUCUGAUCAACCAUUCAUUGUGUGUGAUGCAUGGCAGGAAAGUCUCUAAUGAUGCGUCAGUGCAUUGUACGUCUUUUUAAGUUAGCUUCAAAACAACAAAAGUGUCUUUAGAGUAGAUGCCAACAAAAAGACAAGCGAACAAAGGCUUUGUCGACUGUUUGUAUCCUUAGGACAUUCAAAAUUCCUUUAUUCAGAUCAGAUGAGACUACUGAUUGAUGUUGACUGGUAGCAAAUCUAAGGAGCAGCAGGCUCUGCUUAACUUUUGUCAUGCAUGUCCAGACUCGGUCGAUGAGAUUCUGCAUGUGUUUGAAAUCACAUGUUCCCUCUCCCCUUGUCUUUUGUACAAUAUAAUAAGAUUUUUUUUUUUUUUUUUGAUGGAAUAAGUGCACUCCAUGCAAUGGGCUGACUUAUCCUCUCCAAUAAUCACUUCACACUCGCUCACAUCGUUUUCCUGUGUGGCUGCGAAUAAAGAGGACGUAAGGGAACAUCUUCAAAAUAAAACAUUUUCAAGUGGUUUGCCGCCGCAGUUAACUUGCCCAAAUGUGUUAUGACAGUAUACCAUCCAUUUAGUAUGGAAAGUGCUCUCAACAUUUCUGUAUUCAUACUAGAAAAUAUGGAAAACCCACAAAUUAGAACUCAUUAAACGGGCAGUCAUUUUGAAGUUAUUUAACCCUGACUACUAUAUAAUCAUUUAAGGCUGCAGCUAUUGAUUAUUUUAGUGGUCGAUUAAUCUAUCAACUAGUUAGUUGGAAUAAUCGAGUAAUCAGAUAAGGAACAUACGGAGCCCCUAAAGGAACAUCGUCAGAAAUAAAAUACAUUUAAGCAAUCUGGAGGCAGCAGAUUGUUUCUAGUGCGCACCAGAAACUAUUGAGUAAACAUUAGCAUUAUAUAGCAUUUAAGCUAGCUGACUUUUUCUAUGCAAGUUAGCCAAUUGUUUCAAACUUUAUCAUUAUAUAGCAUUUAAGGUAUCGGACUUUUGGUGUGCAAGUUAGCCAAUUGUUGUAAACAUGAUCAUUAUAUAGCAUUUAACUCAUUUGUUCCCAAAAACGUAUGAAUACGUUCUAUUUUUAAUUGUUUCAGUGUCCCAAAGACGUAUUUAUACGUCUUAUAUGUUUUUUUUUUUUUUUUUCACAAGAGACAUCUCUAGGUUCCGAUGCAACUUCGCUACAAAGCACGAGGCUCAAAACCCAUUUUAAAGCAAUAAAACUGGCCACUGGAGGGCAGUAGCGCAUUUGGUAAGAACUCAUAUAGGACCAUGAAACGAAGUGAGGAAAAAUAGUCGGGAAACGGAAGUUGGAAGAAGUAAGAAGUGUGACAAAAAUGUGGAGAACGAUGGAAAACAAAAGGCCAACGACACUGGAGCAGUGUUUUGGAAAGAAAACAACACAAUCGUUAAAGAAAGAUUCAAAAAAAUCUAUCUUGAUGAGACAGACGGCGAUGAGGAAAAAGUUUACCCCGUCUGCUGAGACAGCCUCGGCCACAACAGCGUUAUCUCUCAGAUCAGUAGUUUAGUUAUGUGUAAAUAAAUUGUUACUUCGCUAUCAAAAGCUCUAUUUGUCUUGUUGUUUAUGUUAUUUUGUAGAAGGAAAACAUUAUUCAGAUGUUUGGGAUGUCACAAAAGCAAAAAAUAGCUGUGUUAAAUUCAAAGUUAUUUUUGAAAUGUAUGCUUUUACAAAAAGCUCAAUUUCUCUCUUUUUUCAUUAGAAAUUGAAAAAUUGCUCAAACUAAGCUAUUUUUUAAUGCUGAUUUCUAAAGAAUGGAAAAAGAUAUGAACUAACGUAUUUUUUCCUGCUGAAAGAAGAGAGUCUAAUCUUUCUUUUGGUGAGUUCCUUGUUUAUAUAGCAAUAGAACAGAAUUUUCUGUGGACCUUGCAAAAUCAGUCAAAAUCCAGUAAAACGGCCGGGAGCGAAGGGGAUUGCUCCGGUGAAAAUGGCUGGGAGUGAAUGAGUUAAGCUAGUGGACUUUUGCUAUGCAAGUUAGCCAAUGGCGUACCGCACGCAACACGUCACUUUUGCUCAUUAAUUUUCAUGUCUCUAAUGCUAAAUGCAAGGAAAUAGUGUACGAACGAGAUGUUUACUGUGCUAAACCUACCAAUUCUGCCCAGAAAUGACGUCCCUGCUGCCAAAUUCACUGGUAAAGAUGUGGAAGAACAUACAAAUGUUCAGUUAAAGUGAUGGCUUGAGUUUUGAUGGCUGAAAAAGACAGGAAAAAGACCCAACCUGAUUCAGAGGUAGUUUUUUUAUUGACACAUUUUUCUUGUGUGCAUUGCAAAAUGCCACUCAUAAUGACAUUCUCCUGUUUCAACAAUCUAUCCUUUACCACUAUAUGCCCAGUCUUUCUCAAAAAUUAUAUCCCCUGGUUUUCAUACGUCUCUGACAGUUCUUGGGGGUGAUUUACAUUGCUAUUUUUGUGUAGCGAUCGCAAAUGCUACUAAGUGACAGCUAACGAACACUUAAUUUUUAAAUUAAUAACAAAGGUAACAACAUUGGCAGUCAGAUACUAUUUUAAUUCAUACAAUACAUUCAUUGUCAGACAAAAGCAGCACGGCAAAACGCCACGCUAAAAAAUAAGUAUAUGGCUUACCACUUCGUCCUCUGUAGGGCCAUGCAACCCAAAAAAUGUUUACUGCAUGUAAAAAGUGAAUGGCUUCACCUUGCUGGUGUUAAAUGUCUGUGCAAUUUGAUUUUUUCCUCCGAGUUUUUGGUUCCCUUACACGUAUGAAGAAAACAUCCUUCAUAUGUCGUAAUGUCUAGAGUCGUUUCUACAAGUUCCAUAUCAGCAGUGCUUGAUCAGCAUGUUCGUUUUUGUAGGAUUACCGAAGAAAACUAGCAGAAAUAUAAUGGUUUGUAUGCGAGGGCGCCUCUACAGUAUAAUGUCCCAUUUCCGCUUUACGAUGUGACAUAAUGGGCUAAAAAUAGCAUUCGUGCGGUACGCUAUUGCAAUAAUCCAACAAUUGGCUAACUUGCAUAGCAAAAGCAAGAUUAGAUGCUAUAUAAUGCUAAUGUUUACCAGAUAGUUUCUGGUGCUCACUAGAAACAAUCUGGUGCACUCC